AUGGAUGCAGCGUUUUUCUUAUCCCUUUCAGCGGGAGUUGUCUCUGUUUUUCUGAUGAAAUAUGGUCUCCAAGCACUCAAAUGGCUAGCCUCGGCCCUUUACUACUCUAUCCCAACCCGUUAUAAAGCUGCACAAAGACCCGAAGACGAUCACAUCCAGAUUCUAGUCCUGGGCGAUAUUGGGAGGAGUCCACGUAUGCAGUAUCACGCCAUCAGUGUUGCCAAGCAUGGCAGGAAGGUUGACAUUGUGGCAUACAAGGAAACUGCCAGACAUCCAGACCUCAUUGGCAACGAAAGAGUGUCCAUGUAUGCUCUCGCACCGCAACCAGAGUGGAUUGCCUGGGGCACGUUGCCCUUCUUCCUGAAUAUACCGUGCAAAGUCAUUCAGCAGUUCUGGACGCUGUUUUACACCAUGAUGUGGGCGACUCCCGCCGCAAAAUGGAUCAUAAUUCAGAACCCUCCAUCGAUUCCCACUUUCCAUGUUGCUCUCAUCGUAUCUCUCAUCCGCGGAAGCAAAGUCGUUAUCGACUGGCACAACUAUGGGCACACCAUUUUAGCCCAGAAAUCCUUGUAUUCUAUUUUUGUUCCCUUUUACAAGUGGUACGAGAUCAUCCUCGGCAAGUUUCUUGGAAAUGCCAAUCUGGCCGUCACGGAUGCCAUGGCUCGUGAGCUUCGAGGGCCGAAAUUCAACUUGAAGAACCCCGUUCACACCCUUCACGACCGCCCUCUUGAUCUUUUCCAACCAAUCACUUCCACGAAAGCGAGAAAGGAAUUUCUCUCGCGGCUGCCUGAGACGAAACCCCACGUUGGAAACAUUCUUGACGGAACAAUGCGGCUCAUUGUCAGUAGUACGUCGUGGACUCCAGACGAGGAUUUCAAUAUUCUCCUCGAGGCACUUGUGCUCUAUGCGAACCCCAGCGAAGACGACGCCUCCAGCGAGCCGCCUUCACCCGUUCUGGCCAUCAUCACUGGCAAGGGCCCAGAGAAAGAAAAGUACCUGGAAAUGAUCAAACAGAUCCAGGACAACGGGCGGCUCCCUGGCAUCCAAAUCCUGACAGCCUGGCUUUCUAACCGCGAUUAUGCCUCGCUCCUUGGCUGCGCCGAUCUCGGGAUUUCGUUGCACAAGUCCAGCUCUGGAGUUGACCUGCCCAUGAAAGUGGUUGACAUGUUUGGUGCCGGCUUGCCUGUAGCAGCUUACAGUGCAUUUGAAAGCUUCAGCGAGCUCGUCAAGGAGGGACAAAACGGGUGCGGCUUCGAGACCGCUGCGCAACUGACGGAAAUCCUGAAGAGACUGUUCAGUGAGAAGGGUCAGGGCGAGUUGGCUCAGCUGAGAAAAGGAGCCGUCGAGGAGGGGUCUCUGCGAUGGGACGAGGAAUGGGAUCGUGUCAUGGCCCCCAUAAUUGGCAUUGAUGCCAAGGCAGGAGCUGUGCGUUAG